AUGGCUGAAGAAGGACCGCGAGAAAGAACAUUAAGGGAGCUGGCUGCACCUGAUUUCACCUACGAAAGCUUGUGUAUCCAGUAUCCUGAGGAUGUACCAUGUGUACUCAAAACUGGACUAAUCCAUUUAUUGCCUAAGUUUGGUGGUCUUGCAGGUGAAGAUCCUCAUAUGCAUAUCAAGGAGUUUCGUACUGUCAUAUCCACCAUGAAGCCUCCUGAAGUUGACAAAGAUCAUAUCUGUUUGAAGGCUUUUCCUCAUUCCCUUCAGGGAACUGCAAAGACUUGGUUGUAUAACCUGCCUCCUUCAUCCAUUGCAAGCUGGGACGACCUGAAAAGAAAGUUUCUUGAGAAGUUCUUCCCUGCCUCUAAGACAACUUCAAUCAGAAAAGACAUCUCAGGAAUCAGGCAGCUACAUGGAGAGACUCUACAUGAAUACUGGGAAAGAUUCAAGACACUAUGUGUGAGCUGCCCCCAUCACCAGAUUUCCGAGCAGCUCCUAGUUCAGUAUUUCUAUGAGGGUUUGCUCAACAUGGAGAGACAUCUCAUUGAUGCUGCUUGUGGAGGUGCAUUGAAUGACAUGACUCCUACUGAAGCCAGGCAGUUGUUUGAGAAGAUGGCUGCUAAUUCUCAGCAGUUUCACACAAGGAGUAAUGAUGCUGUUAAAACUGUUAAUGAGAUUGGGACAGAUCCAAGGAUGGACAAGCUUGAGAAGAGGAUGGAAACCAUUGCCAGCUUGGUUACUCAAUUGGCCAUGAACCAGAAUAAACCUUCACAACAGGCAAAGGUUUGUGGCAUUUGCACUAAAGACCAUAAUACUGAUGUUUGUCCUUCUCUGCAGGAACCUAUAGAUGAGAAUCCUGAAGCAUAUGCUGCCAACAUUUUCAAUAAUCGACCUCAGCAAAAUUAUGAUCUGUCAUCUAACAGAUAUAACCCUGGCUGGAGAAAUCAUCCAAAUCUUAGAUGGUCUGAUCCGUCACAACCUGCCCAAGCACCGUUUCAGAAUAAUGCUAGACCAUAUGUUCCUCCUCCAAUGCAACAACAGGCUAACAACCCUGCUGCACCGCAAUCUAAAGAAUCUUCAUUGGAGGAUAUGUUGAAGCAGAUGACAGCCCAAAACAUGCAGUUCCAACAAGACACCAGAUCUUCUAUUCAGAAUCUGACCACCCAGAUAGGACAGAUGGCUACUUCAAUAAACCAGCUCCAGUCCCAGAAUUCUGAUAAGCUGCCCUCUCAGACGUUGUCAAUCCAAGAAACGUGA